AGAGAGGGAGGCAAGAGGUGUAUGAGCGGGUGGUUAAGGAAUAAAGGUGUAGCCAAAUUUGCGGAGACAAUCAAACGAAAGGCUUUAUUUCUAUAAAUGAUUUCCACAGGGCUUUGCCAUUUAUUCUAAGCAGAGCAAGCAGGGAGUCAUUAACUGUUUCUGACGCGCAAGGCUGUCCCUGUACGCCUUUGGGCAUCACCGCCGAUAAAGGAUGAUAGGUCUGAUUAUAUAGCGUGAAUUAAUAACAAAGUCUCCCCACAAUCCACAGUGAAGAAAGAGGAGGAGGCAAACUAUGAUCCGAGGAUGAUUUCUGCUAAGAAAACUCCGGAGAAGAGUCGUUAUCCUGUCCACUAUUUGGUGUGGCACAACAAACACCGACAGCUGGAGAAAGAGCUGGCAGCGAACGAGCAGACUGAUUUAGAGUCUCUGGACCCCCGCGGUCGGACUCCUCUGCACCUGGCUGUCACGUUGGGCCACCUGGACUGUGCCAGGGUCCUGCUGCAGCACGGAGCUGACGUUAGCAAGGAGAACCGCAAUGGAUGGACCGUUCUUCAGGAGGCGGUGAGCACAAGAGAUCCGGAGCUGGUGCGUCUAGUGCUUCGUUACCGUGACUACCAGAGGACUGCCAAGAGACUGGCGGGCAUCCCCGUCCUGCUGGAGCGACUGCGCCAAGCCCAGGACUUCUACGUGGAGAUGAAAUGGGAGUUCACCAGUUGGGUGCCGCUGGUGUCCCGUAUCUGCCCCAGCGACACCUACAGAGUCUGGAAGAGUGGUCAGUGUCUCCGUGUUGACACCACCCUGAUGGGCUUUGAACAGAUGACGUGGCAGAGAGGAAACCGGAGCUUUAUUUUCAGGGGACAAGAUUCCAGCGCAGAGGUGAUGGAGGUCGACCAUGACAGGCAGGUGGUGUUCUGCGAGACCUUGUGCGUGUCGUCUCUCACGGCGCUCUCACCUGGCCGGGGGAACGGCGCCGCCUGCAGCAGCAAUGCCGCCGGUUUGAACCUUCUGGGCACGGUGCAGCCCAGUGAUGAGCAGGUUGCAGGCAGGCUGUCUGCUCCUGUGGUUACCACUCAGCUGGACACCCGCAACAUAGCCUUCGAGAGGAACAAGACGGGUAUACUGGGCUGGAGGAGUGAGAAGACAGAGACGGUGAAUGGAUAUGAAGCCAAGGUGUAUGCAGCAUCCAAUGUGGAGUUGAUCACCAGGACCAGAACUGACCAUCUGUCAGACCAGAACAAGAACAAGACAAAAGGUGGGAAGACUCCACUGCAGAACUUCCUGGGGAUUGCAGAACAACACAUGGGGCCUAACAAUGGGGCCCUGGUGACCCAGAUGUCAUGCCCUGCGAUGACCAAUCCUGCAGCACUCACGGCCGAGGAGUACUUCAACCCCGGCUUGUCACCCACUCAGAGGGACAUCGGCCACCCGUGCCAGCUCACCACCAAGACCCAGAGGUUUAAAGCCAAGUUGUGGUUGUGCGAGUCCCAUCCUCUGUCCCUGGCAGAACAAGUGGUGCCUAUCAUCGAUCUCAUGGCGAUCUCCAAUGCCCUGUUCGCUAAGCUGCGCGACUUCAUCACUCUGCGUUUGCCGCCUGGCUUCCCUGUCAAGAUCGAGAUCCCUCUCUACCACAUCCUAAAUGCCAGGAUCACCUUCACCAACCUCAACGGCUGCGAGGAGGGGACGGGCGUCCGCACGGACAAUGAGGUGGUUGUUGAGGGGGACGGACAGAGGGACACCCCGAGGACAGACACCCCGUCUCCAGGCAGUGACUCCUCCAGCGUCUCCAGCUCCAGCUCCACCAUGUCAUGUCGAGCCGGAGAGAUUCCCCCAUGUGUUUUUGAGCCCCCGCCUGGAUACUCCAUGCUAGGGGGCAAACAGAGAGACAGCAUGAGGGACGAGGAGGAGGACUUGCUGCAGUUCGCCAUACAGCAGAGCCUGCUGGAGGCCGGUUCCGAGUAUGAUCAGGUGACCAUCUGGGAGGCACUGACCAAUAGCAAGCCAGGAACACACCCCCUGCCCUGUGACCCAAGUCGUGUGGAGAGGACCCCCCAGCACAAGCCCCGCGCCCCCUCCAGCCUCUCCUCCACCCCUUCCAAGAAGCAGACGACCAACUGCAGCUACGACGAGCAGCUGCGCAUCGCCAUGGAGAUCUCAGCUAGGGAGCAGGAAGAGGCGGAGCUUCGGCGGCGGCAGGAGGAGGCGGAGCUACAGCGCAUCAUUCAGCUGUCACUAAUGGAGAAAUGAGAGCUGAGUGGCCCAGCAUGGGUCUGAGGGAGGGGUCUGGACCAAGGACAUGUGGGAGAAAAAGACAGGAGGCUCCCUUCAAACUUAAAAACACACUGUUAGUGGCUGCAAAUACAAAUGCCAAAAUCAUCUUUGUGGUUUCACACGAUCAAAUGGCCUCUUCCUUUCUCUCCCAUCGCCUUCGCCAGACCUUUCCCAUGAAGCCAUACGGUGAUGCGGCUGUCCGGCCUCAGACAGCCAGAGAGGGACAACAGUUUCCUCUUCCUGGUGCCACAUGGUACUUUCUUGACCAGUGCCAGUUUACAACAAACAACAACAUCCAAUACAACAAAUUAAGUGGAAUGCCUCCUUGGAUGACUGAUUUCUGUCUGUUUGCAGGUAUGUGUGUGUAUCUUGUGUGUGUGUUUCAAAACCAGCUCUCCGCACAGGGGUCAACUGAUCACCUUCUGUCCUGAAAACGUAACUGCGUUAAGCCAACUCUGCUCCAGCACUAACGCGCUCACUGAGUCCUUUUGCCAAUGAGUUGUGUGGUUUUCAGUCUUAACUGUGAGUCUUAAAGAAAAAACAGCUUGUGUGGUGGGAGCAGUGACGAACCAGGACUAGUGACGUGGGAGAAUUCUGUAAAACUUCUUGGUCAAGUUGAGUUGAAUGUCGACAAACCAUCUGACUUCCUCUGUUUUUAAUGAAAACAUUUGGUACCUUUUUUUUUUUUGAUUUGCACAAAAUCCAGAUGUACUGUAUUUAGCUUGUGGGCGGAUCACAUAUAUGACUGUUAAUGGAUGUAGAUGACGAGUUUGAGCACAAACUAAACUCAGGCCAGUUCUAGGUUUAGCCUGACGUUAGACUGCAGGAGCACAGAUACGAUGAGACUUGGUGUACUAACUAACCCGUGUGAAUGAGUUUGUGGUCGACCUGUGUGUAAUACAAACAAUAAAGGGACUUGAUAGUGGUUCUUAAGUGGGUUGUGGAAUAGAAAUGUUACCGAAUGUUUCUGUAUAUUUGCAUCCUCUCACCUUUACAUGAGGGAUGAUUUCUGUAUUUCUGUGUAGUCACGGUACAGUGUGUGUACAAUAUUUCAGCAUGGUCUGCACCCGUCAUUUUGUCCCGCUCGAGUCUAGCCUGGAGACCUGCAAUAUCUGAGCACGCUGUAGAGGAUAUUGACAGCAAUUAUAGGUUUUAUUGCACCCCAAUAGCAAGCUGAUUCCACAGCACAACGCAGAAAGAAAAGAAAACCCCCAAAACAAAAAAUGUGGAGCAUUCAGUUCUUGGCUUGGACAGAUUUUUCAAUCUCGCUCUCAUAAUUGUAACUUCAUAUCGCAGGGCUCAAGGCUACACCGAGAGAUUUUUGUUGCAGGGGACGAGGACGGAGAGGGACAGCUUGUAUUUUUUCCUUUUCUUUUUUUAUUAUUUCUUUAAAAGAAAUGUAAAACUUUCACACUCCAAUAUCAGCACAAAACUGAGGAGAGACACAUUUGCCUCCUCUGUAAUUCAUAGUUAAGCUUGCCUGGUUGAUAAGAAAAAAAAAAUAUUCAUUUUUUUACUUUUUAAAAAAUGUUGCAGAAAAAAGGAUGCAGCAAUGUGUUUUCAUGGUGUAUGCUGGGAAGUGAGUUCAGACAAUGAUUCAAAUAAAGAAACAUCUUUUUGA